ACGGGCGAUGAUGCCUCCUCUUUUUCGGACAACCUGGUGGCCCAGUACCUCUCGCACUUCCUGGCCUACCUCGAGCCCGAGCCCUCCGACGACAAAUCGGGCGAAGAGGAGAAUCGCACCUACUACACCCUCGAGGAUGCCUUUGACGCCGUGUCCACUUCCGCGCGACCCACCAAGACAUUCCGACCGGCCUCGCCCAACAUUCCCUCGGGGGGCAGCGCCUAUGCCUCGUCGGCCUACGGCCAGGAGCAAACGAACAACUCCAUCUUCGACAUGCCGCCGGUGUCGCCUUCUUCUUCGUCUUCGAUGACCAUGCCCGGCGGCGGCGGCGGCGUCACGCUGUCGUCGACCGACCUGCGCGCACCGCCCACCGAUGGCCUGCCCGGCCACCCGUCGCCCAUGUCGUACCAUCACCAUCACCACCACCACGUAGCCUCGGCACCGUCGUCGUCGUCGCAACUCCCGCCCGCCGCGCAGCCACAGCCGCACCCCUACGCCUCCGCACCAUCGUCGUCGUCGUCGGGAUUCGGCAUCUUCACACCGCCGGCGCUCGGGUCCCUCGACGACCACCUUCUCAAGAUGCAGAGCGCUCCUUCACAGCUUCCGCCACCACCCGCGUCGCCUUACUCAUCGCACCUCUUCAGUUCGUACACCUCCACCACCUCCGCCUCCACCACCGCCAGCAGCAGCCACGCCGGCGGUGUCGGUGAUGCGUCCCUGGUGUCGCCCUCGGGCGGCGCCGCAGCCACGGGGUCCUACCCCUCGUCGGGCAUAGGACCUGCCGGCGGGUCCUAUUCCUCCUCGCCCUAUCCGGUCAGCUUGGCCUCGGCCUCCCCCUCCGACCACGGCGUACUUGAGCGAACCGCCGAGGCUACCGACAGCUUCAAAGUGCUUCGGCUCAACCUGAACAAACAAUACAUCCCUUCGCUGCCUCCGAUGAUCGGGCGACUGCGAUUCCUGCAGACGAUCAACCUGCGGCGCAACCACCUGCAGGAGCUGCCCGCCGAGUUUGGCGAGCUGCGCGAUCUGCAGUACCUCACGCUCAGCUUCAACCGCCUCCAGAGACUUCCCGACACGUUUGGGAAUCUCACGAAUCUGCGCAUGCUGGACCUCCACUCGAACAAGCUGACGCGGCUGCCGGACUCGUUCGUCAAGCUCGGGCGCCUGGAGUACCUCACCGUCUCGUACAAUCAGCUCAACUCGCUGCCGCGCGGGUUCGGCGACCACUUCCACCGCCUCGAGUUCCUCAACCUCGAGAACAACCAACUCAGUUCUCCGCCCAGCAGCGAGGGCCUUCUGAUGCCGAUGGCAAACGAAGACGACGAUGGGAACACGCACUCGCUGGUCAUCACCCCGCAAAGCAAUUUCAGCUCCCUCAUCACCCUGCGCGUGGGCUGCAACCAGCUCACCACCUUCCCACCCGGGCUGUGCGACUACGUGACGACGCUGCACGAGUUGAACCUCUCGCGAAACCAGAUCAGCUACAUACCGCCCGCCAUCACCAACCUGACCAACCUGCGGCUCCUCUACCUCGGGGUCAAUCCGAUCGAGGUGAUACCGCGCAGCAUCGGCGUGCUCGAGAACCUCUACGUGCUGGGCAUCCACCAGACGUUCAUCGCCGACCUGCCCGAAGAGCUGACGCUUCUCCACAACCUCGAGACCCUCUACCUCCGCAAGAACGCCUUCCGGGUGCUGCCGGACGUGAUCUUCCAGAUGACAAUGCUCCGCAAGCUCGACCUCAACUUCAUUCGCAUGACCAACCUGCCGGGCGAGAUCGGCCAGCUCACCAACCUCGAGAUCCUGCAGCUGCGCGAGACGAUGAUCAAGGUCCUGCCGCGCGAGAUCACCAACCUCAGGAAGCUGACCGACCUCGACCUCAGCCUCAACAACAUGACCACCGUGCCGGAGGAGGUGCUCGAGCUAGCCAACCUCCGCACGCUGGAGAUCAUGUACAACCACCUCCAGACCCUGCCGCCCGAGCUCGGCAACAAGCUGGGCCGAUUAAAGAACCUGGACGUGAGCCACAACAAGCUUACCAAGCUGCCCCCGUCCAUCGCCAAGUUGGUGGAGUUGCGUCAGCUGGAUUUGUCGUGCAACAAGCUGCCGCACAUCCCCGAGGAGGUGCUCCGGCUGCCGCACCUCAAGUUCCUCUCCUUCGGCUACAACAAGCUCACCAACGACGAGAAGAAGACCCUCAAGAAGCGCUUCAAGGACUGA